UUCACAACGCCACCGUUUCAGUCGCAGCUGAACUUCGGCGGGGUUCACGUCAUACGCGUUAAAGCUCCACGAUCCGCGGUUUUUUUUUCAGGCGUCGCUGAAAAACCCAGCGACGCUCGCGACGCGAACUCUGAGUUGUUGCUUUUCUGCUUUUGCCCUUCGACCUGACUACGAACGAGCCGCUGAAAUUGUGCUGAAAAAAAGCCCGACUUCAGUGGAUUAUCGCGAACGGUGUGCUAUGAAUUACGAAACGACCUGGGGAUUUGCUCCCUGAAGGAAAACGAAUGGUGUUCCAUUUCUCAGCCAAUAUUGUUUAACUAAUAACCGUGUCUAGUGUUUAUAUUAAACUUGGUGCCCUCAGUGGGGAUAUUGUUCCAGUUCCUUGGAUUUAUUUUCGCUCUGUGAUACUGUGAUCUGCUAUCAAUGUUAGCGUGCCUUCUUUGGGAUUUAAUAUUGUGAUUAUUUUUAUCAGUGCUCACUCGUGUUUGGUUAUUGUGGUCUUUAUCCCGAAAUUGUAAAUAGAUCACAUCCUGCUUUACUUAACUGUCUUCACAAAUUCCCGUAAUGUGCAAGAUUACUAGAUCCCAUCCCGGGAUUUUCAGUCUCUGAAGUUUGAGAUGUUCUACUAGUUAAAUCCUAGGACUCGCAUACCGACAAUCAACAUGACUUCGCCACACAAAUUCCUGCUGCUCCUCCUGCGGAUAUCUAGCCUCUUCCUCUUGUGCCUAGCGGAGGAUAUGCGGGAGCAGAAGUUCGCCAUGGAGCCGCAAGAUCAGACGGCCGUGGUGGGUUCAAGGGUCACGCUGCCCUGCAGGGUUAUAGACAAGAGCGGCAUCCUCCAGUGGACGAAGGACGACUUCGGAUUAGGCACGCACCGAAAUCUCAGCGGUUUCGACAGAUAUUCCAUGAUUGGAAGCGACGAGGAGGGUGACUAUUCGUUAGAAAUCUACCCGGUAAUGUUGGACGACGACGCCCGGUACGAGUGCCAAGUCUCCCCAGGAUCCAGGGGUCAGCCCGGAAUAAGAAGCCACGUCGCCAAAUUGACGGUGUUGGUGCCCCCGGAUCCCCCAAAAAUCGUCCAGGGGGACUACCUGGUCACCACCGAAGACAGGGAAAUAGAACUGGAGUGUAUCAGCUACGGUGGUAAGCCGGCUGCUGAGAUCACUUGGAUUGAUGGGUUAGGCAACGUCCUGACCGACGGCAUGGAGUACAUUGUGGAGAAGCUGUCCGACGGCCGAAGGUUCACGGCGAAGUCCAUAUUGAAAUUAACUCCGAGGAAGAUACACCACAACACGACCUUUACGUGCCAGGCCCAGAACACGGCGGAAAGAACACAUAGAUCAGCUAGAUUAAAAUUAGAGGUAAAAUACGCGCCUAAAGUAACGGUAACUACCAUUUCCGGCCUAAACAAGAACGGUCGGAUCCCUGAGGGUGCAGAGGUGAGACUGGGUUGCCACGCCGACGCCAACCCUACCGACGUCACUUACAGAUGGUUCCUCAACGAGGAACCCCUCAUCGGUGACUACACCACGGAGCUGAUCCUCCACAACGUCACGAGGAAGCAUCACGACGCUAUAGCCAAGUGCGAAGUCCAAAACGCAGUGGGGAAGAGUGAGGAGAGCCAGACUCUGGACAUUAGCUACGGUCCACAGUUUCGAUCGAAGCCACGUUCUAUCCAAGCAGACCCCGGUUCCAGCGUCACUCUGAGCUGUGACGUGGACGGUAAUCCUUUCCCAGACGUUUCCUGGUACCACGAAGACAAGAAGAAGAUAGUCAGUUCCAGCCCCAACCUAACCUUAAGGGUAGACCAAAACUCAGCCGGACGGUACCACUGCAAGGCUCGGGUGCCUGGCUUUCCAGAAAUCGGAGCUGAUGCCACCAUCUACCUCAAAGGGCCCCCUUCGAUAGUGAGCCACCGCACUCAGUUCGGCAUAGAGGGCGACAACGUCAGAGUGGAAUGCACGGCCUACUCGAUACCGGCGCCAGAGCGGGUGGUGUGGACGUACAACGGUCGCGAGGUCGACUCGAACGGUCAGGACUACUCCAUCUUGGAGGACCCGCUGCCGGAGGGCAUUAAAUCGACAUUAAUCAUCCGGGAGUCUCAGGAAAGGCACUUCGGAAUGUAUAAUUGCAGUGUCACGAAUCCGUAUGGGAGCGAUGUUGUGGAGAUUAAUUUGAUGCCUCAAAAGAACUUCCCGAUGCUGAUCCUAGUCGUCGGCGUGAUCGGGGCCAUCAUCGUCCUCAUCAUAAUAAUAAUGAUCGUGUUCCUCUGCCAGCGCCAGAACAGCAAGAAAUCACCCCCGGAGACAGACGCAAAUACGAUCGAGAAACAAUGCAAGGAAUCGGACAGGAGUUCGAACAUCUCGGACCUGAAGUUGGACCUAAGGACCGGCUCCUCCAACAGCAACGUCCACUGCGACAUGGAUUAUAUCCCCGGAGCGGAAUCGGAAACGGGAAGCGAGUCGGUUAUUACUAGGAUAGGUGUUCCGUUGGCGGGACCGGUGAAUGUUUCGGGCCAGGAAAUUUAUAGAUAUUCCGCAGAUUACACCGAGCCCAGCUUCCCUCCCAAGGACGGGCAAAACAACAACGGCUACGUCCCCUACGUGGACUACUCCCGAGACUACAACCCCCCCAUGAUGCAGCCACCCAUCUCCUCGUCCCUGGACCCGACCAGGGAGAGCCUCCAAUCCACGCGCCUCCAACUGAACUCCCUCCAGUCCCACCAGAUACCAGUCUCGGGUUCUAGUCUACCCCUGAACGAUCUCUCGGACCUCCACGUGGCCCACCAGGCCAUCCCCAACGGAGGACUGCCCGGCAUAGACCCCCGGUUCAGCGCCACGUACGGAAACCCGUACCUAAGGAAUCCCAACGUGGGGCUGCCCACCCCCAACACGGCGAACCCCGCGGCCACCCCCGCGCCGCCCCCCUACUCCAGGGAGAACUCCAGGCUGGCCAGCUCCAGUGCCAUGAUCACCGCCAGUGCGAACGUGGUUAACACGGUGGUGGCGAACGGUGCCAACGGGUCCGUUCCCCAGGUGACGCGCCUCCCCAACUCCCCCACCAGUCAGUACAUAGUGCCGAACACGACGAUGGCCACCAUCAAGAGGGGCACGAUGGCCACGCACGUAUAAUGAAUGCGUCGCGACGGUGAUUUUGUAAAGAUUUAAGUGAAUUUAUACGAGAAGACUGAGUAAUUAUAUGAAUCGAUUUUUUUUUAACUAAUUGUUCAAUUUUGGUAGGAUUCUACGCCGAAACGAACAGUCCUGUUGUAAAUUUUUACUAGACAAUUAAAUUAAUUGACCGAAUUAUUGAUUAAAAAUUAAUCAGAUGGUACUGUUUUUGUACUGGACAGCUGCAUAUUUUUUCAAAUCCAAAUAGUAUUACAAUCAGUAGGGGAGCUAUAUGUCUAACCAUUUUCAUGGGCCUGUUCCGUGUUUUACUUCAUAAUUUUUGUAAAAUUACGUUUUCGUUAAGGGCCUGCACACGAGUAGGUCUUACUUGCGUAAAUCGCGGAUAUUGGCAAAAUUAUUGCCAUGUCUUUAAAAGGUGAAGUUUAAAGAAUAAUCAGAACUAAAAAAUCUAUCAAAAUUUUAGGAGGUGGUCUCUAUUUAUUUUCCUUUGUAUUUGUAAUCAUUGCUCAUAUCCCAUUGAUACGGUUUGACCUUUCCCGAAGGAAGCUUUGAUAGGUACUGAAGUUUCACAACCUUAUCUGCAUUAUGUGACCAGGUCACAAUGUUCCGUGUUUAUCGCGUAAACUACAUAUACCCAUAUGAGUAAAUAAAUAAGAGAAUUUGAUUGGAUAGGGCAGACGGAGCAUGCGUUCGCUGAGGCCAUCUCGUGUUGGUGUGGCAAAACAUUGUCCCUUAUAGAAGUUGUUAAACAGAAAUCUGUAACUACAGAUCGGAUCUGUAUUUCCAAUCUUUCAAUCAACAGAAAUAAAUAGUUUUUACUGAACAUAAGUUCGGGUGGGUUGCUGAGUUUUGUGCAUUAAUAAAUUUGUUUCGUUUUAGAUUAAUGUAAUAAGGGAUUUAUUGAAUCAAUCUUCUGAACUGCCUUACUGUUUUUAUUCGUUUUUAAACAUUUAAAAGAAAUCACUGAUGAGAACCACUUAUUUCGAAACAAAUAUAUUUAACCAUAAUUUUUCUCUGCUAGUACAUUUUUUGAUACUUAAAUAUAUUCGAAUUCGUGACAGAAUGAAUAUUUGUCGCUCAUUUUAAAAUCACUGCUUUAACUUUUUCAUUUAACCAAGCGAUAAUUAAAGUGUUUCAUAAGUGAUGCGUCAUGAAACAGCUGUUAGUAGCUGUUUUGUGACCUAUUACUUAUGAAAUACCUUUUUAUUUUUCUUAAUGUAUUUUAUUACAUUUAAAUUUACCGCCAUUAUGGCGCAGCGACAUCUAAUAGACAGUAGAAUUAAAGGUUACUCGGGUGUGUCGUUUGCCGCACCAACUACAGAUGGCGUACUUUGCCGCUGCUGCCGACAGAAGACAGAAUAAAAUCCUCUUAUUUAUUUACUCAUACGCAUAUACCGUAAAAGUAGGCCGCUGUCGUGUGGCGGGCCUAUUAGAAAUGUUUAAAGGACGAGGAUAAUCUGGAGGUACACUCGUAGUUUCAUGUCCGACAAAGAUAGAAAACUGAUAGUGCUCACAAAUAAAACUAAAGGAUCCGCCAAUAACAUUUUUUUAUCAUAUGAGGAAAGUAAAAUAAAACGAUUUUUUCUAAAGUUAUUUUUCUUAGUAAAUUUUGCCCAUGUUUCCAAAAGCAAUCGACGUAUAAUAUUGAUUUUUGGUAAACCAUGUUUAAGACGUUAAAUGAUCUGGUUUGAUUAAUUUAAUUUAAUAAAAGGGGAAUAACACUUGACAUCUUACCAAUUUUUGCAUAACCUUAAAAAAUAUUAACCUACAUUAGCAUUUUUGGUUACUAACCGGGCUACUUAGCAUCCUCAAAAAGAUAGCAUUCUACCAAACUUCAAUAUGUUGUUUGCUUUUAAAACUUGUGGAAAAUUUAAUUAAAAAAAAAACAACUCUUGUCGCCUUGUUUGGAAAAACUUAUUUUUUGGUAUUUUAUUACAUU